AUGAUCAGAGACUGUAUUUACAUUUUCAAUCUUUGCACGAAAUCAAAUUCUUGUUCACGAUUAUACUAUUUAUAUUCGUUCAUUCAUUUUUUUUUCUCUCCUUUCCUUUUAAGAAUAAGUGAUUUUUAUUCUCCGUUUUUUUUUCUUCUUUAUCGAUGGACGUCAUUCUCUCAUGAUUCAUCAGUAUCCUUUAUUUGUUUUUUUUUGUCGUGCAUAAAUACAAACAAAUUCAAUCCGUUCUCUUCAUUCGCUGUUUCAUCUAUCUAUCUAUCUAUCUAUCUAUCUAUCUAUCUAUCUAUCUAUCUAUCUAUCUAUCUAAUUCUGUUCACAUCUAGCUUUUUGUUAGUGCCCCUAUGUACCAGUCCCAGUAAAUUCAUUAUCUAUCGUUCUUUCUUCCCCGUAAAUUCUUUAUCUAUCUAUCUAUCUAUCUAUCUAAUUCUGUUCACAUCUAGCUUUUUGCCUGAAUAUGUGCUCUCUCUAUCUCUUUCUCUUUAUCUAUCUAUCUAUCUAUCUAUCUAUCUAUCUAUCUAUCUCUUUUCCACAGACUAUAUACACAUGUCUAUUUCUAUACAUUUGGGUGUCUUUCAAUUGUUCUUCCUCUCUUCAAUCUCUACUCCCCUAUUUUCAUUUGCCCACUUGUCACUUUCCUACCUUCACUUACCUGCUUUCACUUUUCUGUUCACUUACCUGCUUUCACUUCCCUACUUUCACUUUCCUACUAUCAUUUUUCUACUUUCACUUUCAUUUUCCUCCGUUCACUUUCCCACAUUCACUGUUAUAGCUUCAUUUUCCUACUUUCAGUUUUCUACUAUCACUUUACUACUUUCAAAAUUUCUGCUUUCACUUCCCUACUUUCACUUCUAA